AUGAAUUAUUUUAGAAAUCUAAUAAACACAGCGCGGUGUUACAGCACAGCAAAGCAAGCAAAGCCAAUAAAACAGGUUGAUCCAAGGCGAGUAUUUAAAGUGUAUAGAUUCGACGGUAUCCUCACUAAAGGCGCGCCACAAAUGAAGAAUUAUGACCUAGAUGUGUCUACGUGCGGUAAAAUGGUUCUGGAUGCCCUGAUCAAGAUUAAGGACAUGGACCCAACGCUGGCUUUUAGGCGAUCCUGUCGAGAAGGUAUCUGCGGUUCCUGUGCUAUAAAUCUCCAAGGGAAGAACUGUCUCGCUUGCAUCACAGAGAUACCACCAGAUAAAAAGAUAACAAUCUACCCUAUACCCCACAUGUACGUCAUCAGAGACUUGGUCGUUGACAUGACUCAUUUCUUCAAUGGGUACGACAGCAUUCGUCCGUACCUUAUACGACACGACCGACAAAAAAAGUUGGGAUCAUACCAAUACGCCCAAAGUGUUGACGACAACAACAAAAUGGUCGGCUUAUACGAAUGUGUGCUUUGUGCCUGCUGCUCCACGUCUUGUCCAAGCUAUUGGUGGAACGGAAGGCGGUUUCUCGGCCCAGCUACAUUACUCCACGCCUAUCGGUGGAUCAUAGACUCUAGGGACCAGGAUUCGGAAGCCAGGCUGUACGAUUUGAAAGACGAUUUCGCCGUGUACAGAUGCCAUACAAUUAUGAACUGCACCCUUGCUUGUCCGAAGGGCUUGGCUCCUCACGUACAUAUUGCGCAAUUGAAGAAGCUAAUUUCUCGCCUCGCCAAAAAACCUCAACCAGGUAUUGACACGAUGCAGUUUUCGAAUACAAAGACCUAA